UACUUUUUGAGUUUCAAGCUGUGUCGUAAAUUGCCAUUUAGGCGUCCAGGUUCAUCCUCCCAAACCCCAUGAAAUUCUGUAUAGUCUGUACUACAAAUAACAGUCCACAUUUGCCAUUUCAGAAACUUUCAUCUGAUCCCUAACCUCCUUUGUACUACGUAUGUCCUCUCAUACCAUAGUGAUUUCCCUUCAUUUCGUGCCAUUCAGAAUUUCAAAUCGUGAAUGAACUCCCACAAUUUUUCCUAACUCCCCCACUUGAUUAACUGUUCAAGCAGCUCCUUCAAUCUCACAUGGCGGCGAUGGCUUCACGUUUCCUCCAUCCCCCGGCUCCUAAACAGUACUUACCGAGAACGCAGAAAACCCAUUUUGUCGCGACCUUCAAACUCUCAUUCUCUUCCCGGGUCGCAUCCGGGAUCCGACCCAGGAAUACAGUUUCGUGCGCGUUGAUAAAACCCGAUGGAGGCAGGCUCGUGGAGCUGUUCGUCGAGGAAUCUCAGAGAGAGGCGAUAAAGAGACAUUCUUUGGGUCUUCCCCGGAUCAAGCUCUCCCUGAUCGACCUCCAAUGGCUUCACGUGCUCAGCGAAGGGUGGGCCAGCCCAUUGAAGGGCUUCAUGAGGGAAUCCGAGUUCCUCCAAACGCUUCAUUUCAACUCGCUACGUCUUGAGGAUGGUUCCUUCGUCAACAUGUCGGUGCCGAUAGUGCUCGCCAUUGACGAUGCCCAGAAGAGCCAGAUCAGCGGGUCGAGCAGCGUGGCCCUUAUCGACGAUAAAGAUAAAACUGUAGCUAUUCUCAACGACAUAGAGAUAUACAAGCAUAACAAGGAAGAAAGGAUAGCUAGAACAUGGGGCACGACUGCCCAAGGGCUGCCAUAUGUUGAACAAGCUAUAACUAACAGUGGAAACUGGCUAAUCGGUGGGGAUUUGGAAGUGAUAGAGCCGAUAAAGUAUGAAGAUGGGCUUGACAGGUUCCGGCUAUCCCCUGCACAGCUCCGUGAUGAAUUCUCCAAGAGGAAUGCAGAUGCCGUAUUUGCUUUUCAACUUAGAAAUCCUGUGCAUAACGGGCAUGCUCUCUUGAUGACUGAUACACGCCGCCGUCUUCUUGAGAUGGGUUAUGAGAACCCAAUUCUUUUGCUUCACCCGCUUGGAGGUUAUACGAAGGCGGAUGAUGUUCCCCUUCAUUGGCGAAUGAAGCAACAUGAGAAGGUUCUUGAAGAUGGUGUGCUUGAUCCUGAAACGACUGUUGUUUCUAUAUUCCCAUCUCCCAUGCACUAUGCUGGCCCGACGGAGGUGCAAUGGCAUGCAAAGGCUCGUAUAAAUGCUGGUGCUAAUUUCUACAUUGUGGGUCGUGAUCCAGCUGGAAUGGGCCACCCGACAGAGAAGAGAGAUUUAUAUGAUGCAGAUCAUGGGAAGAGAGUGUUGUCAAUGGCACCCGGACUGGAGCGGCUUAACAUUUUGCCUUUUAAGGUGGCUGCAUAUGACAAGACUCAGAAUAAAAUGGCAUUCUUUGAUCCAUCUAGGCCUCAAGAUUUUAUUUUCAUAUCUGGCACCAAGAUGCGGACACUGGCGAAGAACAAGGAGAGCCCU